GUUUCCCUGGUGACGGUUUCCAGGGCAGCGCGUGGCGGCGUCCGGAGGAGGUGACCUAGCCGCGGCAGUCCAAGAAGUGAGAAGUGGAGAGAGACCGCUGGCAGGAUGGCAGCAGAUGAAGCCUCACAGAACACUUUGCGGCUCCAGUUCAAGGCAAUGCAGGAGAUGCAGCACAAACGGUUACAGAAGCAGAUGGAGAAAAAGAGGGAGAAAGAACUGAGCCUCAAAAGCAGAGCUGACGACCCAGAGGAGCCCUUGGAGGUCUCAGAUGGCCUCAGCCUUCUCCACACAGGGGAGCCAAACUCGAAAAACAACUUUGAGAAGAGGGUGCUUGAAGAUGAGAUUGAACACCUUCGAAAUGAGCUCAGGGAAACAGUGGAUGAGAACGGGCGAUUGUAUAAGCUGCUGAAGGAGAGGGACUUUGAAAUCAAACACCUCAAAAAGAAAAUAGAAGAGGACAGACUUGCCUUCACAGGGACAGCUGGUGUAGCUGGAGACGUGGUCGCCACCAAAAUUGUGGAGCUAUCCAAAAAGAACCGGCUGUUGAUGGCAGAAUCAGAGGGUGCAAAAACCAGGGUGAAGCAGCUGACCAAUCGCAUCCAGGAGCUGGAGCGGGAACUGCAGACAGCCCUGACCAGGCUGUCAGCCAAGGGAGCCACCGACGCAGGAGCCAAGCCACCGAGGGCCCAGAUGGGAGACAGAGCAUUGCCGGAGACCCCAGAGGUGAAGGCCCUGCAGGACAGGCUGGCAGCCACCAACUUGAAGAUGAGUGACCUCCGCAACCAGAUCCAGUCUGUGAAGCAGGAGCUGCGGAUGGCACAGAAGGUUUUGGCCAGCGAGGUUGGGGAAGACGUCAAUGUCCAGCAGCUCCUAUCCUCACCAGGGACCUGGAGGGGUCGGGCUCAACAAAUUCUUGUUUUGCAGAGCAAGGUUCGAGAGCUUGAGAAGCAACUGGGCCAGUCCCGGAGCCAGUCUGUGGGAACAGCCAGUGAUGAGUUGUCUGUCUAUCCACACCCAAGGAAGCUGUCGGCACAGGAGAAAAACCUGCUGAGGAUCCGCAGCCUGGAAAGGGAAAAACAGGAAGGCUUGGAGAAACUUGCCAGUGAGCGGGAUGUCCUCCAGAGAGAGCUUGAAGAGCUAAAAAAGAAGUUCGAGGGCAUGAGGUCUCGGAACAAGCUGCUGUCGAGUGAGGUGAAGACCCUCAAGAAUCAGAUGGGGACCCUGGUGGAGAAGGGCCGGCAUGAUGACGAGCUCAUCGACGCCCUCAUGGACCAGCUGAAGCAGCUACAGGAGAUACUAGGCAGCCUGAGUCUGCAGGAGGAGAAGACGCGAGUGUCCCAGCACCACCUGGACCAGCAACUGAACAGCGAGGCUCAGCGGAGCAACAGCCUAGUCGCCCAGCUGCAGGCCAUGGUGGCUGAGCGGGAGGCCAAAGUGCGGCAGCUGGAGAUGGAGAUCGGACAACUCAAUGUGCACUAUCUUCGGAAUAAAGGAGUGGGUGAGGGGUCCAGUGGUCGUGAGGUCAGCUCUGCCUACACCCAGUUCCUGGAGGACCCAGGCCUGACCAAGUCCCCGGCCUCAGCAGGCGAUCACGUUGGCAGGCUUGGAUCUUCUCGCUCUGUGACCAGCCUGGGCCACACGCUGGUGGAAUCUGCUCUCACGAGGCCUUCCCUGCCCAGUCCCCACAGGACCUCACCUAGGUUUUCGGACUCCCCAGAACAAAAAGGCUGGCAGGCACAAGUGACAGAGAUCAAGGCCCUCUGGCAGGCUGCCGAGGUGGAGCGUGACCGGCUCACCGAGUUUGUCACUGUCCUGCAGAAACGGGUGGAGGAGAGCAACAGCAAGCUCCUGGAGUCAGAGAGGAAGCUGCAGGAGGAGCGACACCGCACCGUGGUGCUGGAGCAACAUCUGGAGAAGAUACGCCUGGAGCCAGGGAAGGCAUCGGCCUCCCAGAGAGCAGCCUCCAGGACGAAAACUGGUCUGCCCACCUCUAACACCAGGCAAAACCCAACCGGGAGUGAAAAGAAGGACCUAUCCUUUGCCCAGCUCUCCGAUGUCCCCGUGGAAUCCCAAAUGGAAGAGCUGACAACCAGGCUGGCCGUCCAGGUGGAGGAGAAUGAAAUGCUAAAGGCUGCCCUGAGCAGUGCCCUGCGGGGAAAGGAGGAAGACUUCCGGAUGUACCAUGAGAUCCUGGGCCAGGUGAAAAGUGUCUUCCUGCAGGCCCUGCGGCAGCAGAAGACAGAUAAGCAAUAGGAUGACAGCCCAGUGUCGGCCUGGCUGGGUGGGCAGCCUCAGGUCUUGAGAGGACAAGACUCUGUCUGAGAACUCCAUCUGCUCCGGGAAGCCAGCCCAGGGCAGCCAGCUCAACCACUUCUACCAGAAGAGGCUCCUUAAGGAUGACCAAAACCAAUGUCUCAGGCCAGGAAGGCAGAAGAGAAGCCCUGGUGGGACACUGCAGGAGACCCUGAGCUGGCUGGGUUACAGCAGCAGGGAGUCCCAGUGGCCCACUGGCAGAGGCGAGAGCUCUGGGGCGGCAAGCCGGCUGUGAAUGGGCGGUCCCUCAGGCAGGUGCUCAUUGCCCUCGUCCUAGGUACUAGCCCUGGAUGUCCCCAUGGCUUCACACACAGGAGAGCGAGCCCUUCGUUACCCUAACUGGGCACAUCCUCCAUGCCACUCAGCUCCACCCUAUCCCCUCACCCUCAUCCCAGCUCCAUCUGUAACCAUCCACACCCAACACAGACUUGGGGCACUAUGCUCUCAGCCAGUUUGUCAGCCCGUUCCUCAGGACACUUCCUCAGGUGCGGACCCUUGGACUUGUAAUAAUAAUAAGUGUUUUCAUAA